AUGUCCUCGACCGAGAGCUCCAGCCGCACGGCGGACAAGUCGCCGCGCCAGCAGGUGGAUCGCCUGCUCGUGGGGCUGCGCUGGCGGCGGCUGGAGGAGCCGCUGGGCUUCAUCAAAGUUCUCCAGUGGCUCUUUGCUAUUUUCGCCUUCGGGUCCUGCGGCUCCUACAGCGGGGAGACAGGAGCAACGGUUCUCUGCAACAACGAAGCCAAGGAUGUGAGCGCCAUCAUUGUUUCGUUCGGCUAUCCCUUCAGGUUGAACCGGGUCCAGUAUGAGAUGCCCCUCUGCGAUGAGGAAUCCACCUCCAAGACCAUGCACCUCAUGGGGGACUUCUCUGCCCCCGCCGAGUUCUUCGUGACCCUGGGCAUCUUUUCCUUCUUCUACACCAUAGCUGCGCUCGUUGUCUACUUGCGUUUCCACAACCUCUACACAGAGAACAGGCGCUUCCCGCUGGUGGACUUCUGUGUGACUGUCUCCUUCACCUUCUUCUGGCUGGUAGCUGCAGCUGCCUGGGGCAAGGGCCUGACCGACGUCAAGGGAGCCACACGACCAUCCAGCCUGACCGCAGCCAUGUCCGUGUGCCACGGGGAGGAGGCGGUGUGCAGUGCCGGGGCCACGCCCUCCAUGGGACUGGCCAACAUCUCCGUGCUCUUCGGCUUUAUCAACUUCUUCCUGUGGGCCGGGAACUGCUGGUUUGUGUUCAAGGAGACCCCGUGGCAUGGGCAGGGCCAGGACCAGGGCCAGGGUGCCAGCGAGGAGAGCGCAGCUGAGCAGGGAGCGGUGGAGAAGCAGUAAGCAGCCCCCACCUGGCUACUCCCUCCCGAACAGGACAGCACCUCUUCAACCACCUCCGGCUUCCAGGACCUCCCUCUUCCUCCUCCAGCUCCCCUCCCCCAUUAUUCUGGACUUUGAGCUUUGAGACAUCUUCACCGGAUGGGCAGGCAUCAGCUGUCGGAAACCUGGGUAGCCCUCCCAGUGGCUUCCUAUCCCUCCUCUUGCUGGAGCCCUGGAUGGCAGGAGCUCAGUGCUUCUUGUCUACUGCCUGGACCCAGGCAUCUUACUUGGGGUCUUACGUGUGCCCUCACAGCCUCUGAGAACCAGCCUCUGCUGCAGGCAAGGGUUGGGGGCAGGAGACCUGAGACUGGUUCCUAGCUGCCACUUCUAUCAGUCUGUCCAGCUUCAAUAAAAGUGGGAGGAGGGGAAAUUGGCUGGCAGCCUUCUCCCUGCUCCCUUGCAUGGAGGGCCCACCAGUGGUUUAGUGACCCCUCUUCAGUGGCUGUCAUCAAGGCCCCAUGUCUGCACUGACUUCCAAUCAGCCUGAGCUCAGUAUGCUCCCCACUGUCUCCUCUGGCCUCCGUUUGUGCACAGAACCCAUCACAUGGGAACCCAUGAGAUUGACUAGUCUAGAAAACAGCCUUUCAGAGGGUCCCAACAGGUCAAGACUGCAUUUGGUGGGGAGCAGAUAAAUUGCAACUUCGAGAAACAGAAGCCAGGAAACUUGCUGGGAAAUCAGUUUUUUUCUAUUCCCUUAGUCCUCCCACCCCUCCAGGCUGGGGCAUUUCCACCAACACUCUAAACUCACACAUGCCCUAGAAAUUCCUUACCUUCCUCCCUGUCCUCCUUCUUGGGCUUGGUCCCACACUUGGGACACAAGAUUAGGGGUCUAGGAGCAUCUCCAUUUCAGCCCUCCCCACCUUCCACCUCUCUGUCCAUCUCCCUUCCCCAGCCUCUUGGGUCUGAGGCAUUCAAGAUCCUUUUUGAAGUCUGUCCAGGCCUUCCUUUCAUUCCUGUGGGGCCAGAUAGGGGCUUUGGAAGGGUAAGAAAAGACCAUCAUGAGUCUAAGUUGCCCCAGAGCCCCAGGACAUGGAUGGAUGGGCCCAUUUCUUCCUCACUCUCUGCUCAAUUUUCCUCCCGCCCUGCUCCUUCUCUGGCAUACUUCCCCUUCUCACCUUUAUGAACGAACACACCCUCUCCCUUUGCCCUC